AUUGUGGCACGCUCCUUCCUGCCCUCCCGUCCCUGCCAGCGAGUCGACACAACUGGCUAGCGCGGCGCUCCCUUCGAACGCGACACUCUACCUACUAUGAAGUGAUCGAUCACCGUCGUGCAGUCGAUUUCCGUUUCCCGCAGUCCACGCAGCGAGCCCACUCACAAGAUGAACAUACGGAACGCCAGGCCGGAGGACCUCAUGAACAUGCAGCACUGUAACCUGCUGUGUCUGCCAGAAAACUACCAGAUGAAAUACUACUUCUACCACGGACUGUCGUGGCCUCAGCUCUCCUACAUCGCAGAGGACGAAAAUGGCAAAAUCGUGGGAUACGUGUUGGCAAAGAUGGAGGAGGACCCAGAUGAUGUUCCCCACGGACACAUCACAUCCCUGGCGGUGAAGCGCUCCCACAGACGCCUGGGCCUCGCUCAGAAGCUGAUGGACCAGGCCAGCCGAGCCAUGAUAGAAAACUUUAAUGCAAAAUAUGUGUCGCUGCAUGUGCGAAAGAGCAACCGAGCGGCCCUGCACCUGUACUCCAACACACUCAAAUUCCAGAUUAGUGAGAUAGAGCCUAAAUACUACGCCGACGGGGAGGAUGCCUACGCCAUGAAGAGAGACCUGGCCCACAUGGCUGAUGAGGUCCCACAGCUUAGAAAGCCUGGGGCGCGUGUGCCGGGCCAGGAGGCCCCGUCUGGGCAGGGCCAGUCCGGGCCCGGUGACCAGGAGAGAGAGAGCGAGAGAGACAGCGGCGGAGAGAGCAAAGAGCUGAGUGAAGUCAGCGAGGCAACAGAAAGCACGGACGUUAAAGAUUCUUCAUCUGAUUCACAAUGACGGAGCGGUCCUAGACAUUUUUAAAUUCAUCCUUCACUUCCUCUUUUUAUCUGUUUGGCAGAAUCUCUGGCUUUACAAACUGUGACCAUCUGUGCAUCAAAGUCCCUCGAGCAUUUCCGUCACUCGUUUUUCUUGAAUCUUGCAGUGAUGAACAAAAAGUCUUUGAUAAUCAAAUUAAUUGGGAUGUUAUCUGAAUGAAGCUCAAGUGAAUAUUUGGUUUCAGCAUUUUUAUAGGAUUGCUGUUUUCAUUACCAAAAGUUGCCCUAAGCUCUGCGAGAUUUACAUAAUUGCAAAACAUCUGCCCUUCAGUUAUUUACCUAACAGAAUUGAUGCAAAUAAAUAUUUCAAAUAAUAA